AUGGUUGUACCCAUGGCGAGCUUGUUGAAAUGGCAAACGAUGAAUAUGGGGUUGAUUAGAAUUCUGAGCUUAUUGAGGUUUCGUACCCAUUGCCAGCUGAUAUUAUCCAGGGGGGUACCUAUCGAUUCUCCUCCUACGUUUGUAACGACUGAUAGGCAAGUUCAAGUCUUGGUAGAACUAAGUCGACUGCAUGUUAUACGGCUGAGUGUUUCGAGCAAGCGGAUGAAUACUGCGAAAAGCGAUUUACCAGAUGGUGAUAAUGUCGGAUCGGAUAGCGAGUGGGGCUUGUCUACUGAUGAUGAAGAUUGGGAUGCACAGGCAAACGAAUACGAUGAUGCAGACGAUGAACCCGUAGAUGAACCAAGACCAACAACCGAUUGGACCAAUGGUGAGAUUGAUGAAGCAGAAGCUGAUUAUAGUGAGUAUGGCAGAAUCCCAGACGAAGAUGUGCGCGAGAAAAAGGUUCCGCUUGAUGAUAUCCGGCUCAAAGGACGCUGCUAUAAUGAAGGAGGCCAUUUUGAUAAGUAUAGGGACGCCGUUAUCAAGGUUGGACAGCGUUUUGCAAGCAAGGAUGAACUUCUAAAUAUGUGUCGAUUGAUGGCUGUAGUGCACAGAUUCUCGUUUCGUGUCUUCAAGUCCUCACCAGCUCUCUUUGUUGCCACUUGCAACGUAAACGGAUGUGCAUGGCGAGUUAGGGCGUCUCUGAAGAACGAGGCAAUCGCGUUUUUCGUCACAAAGUAUGUGAGCAGUCAUACUUGUUCUGUCGCCGACCGAGUAGCGAACCGGAAAAGCUGCACACCAAAAUAUAUCGGCGCCUUAUUCAUAGAGAGGGUUGGGAUUAUCGAGGGAAUUGUGCCUGAACACAUCGUCAUAUCCAUGAAAGUGAUGUUCGGCUUGAAGCUGAACUAUACGACAGCAUACAGGUCUUUGAGAGCUGCUCAUGAAUACGUCAGAGGGACACCUGAAGACGGGUAUGCGAACUUGGCUUCAUACUUGCAUAGAACGAAGGAAGCAAACCCAGGAACUAUUACCGACCUUGUCCGGGAUAAACUUGAUCGCUUCAAGUACUGA